AAUGUUCCUCAAUUCCAACAUGGCGGACAGCCCUCCGAUUUGGUUUGCUGUUCUGCAAGCCAUGAUUACUGACACUGGAAAGGAUGAUGACUUUCUUUCAGCUCAAAUGAAAUGGAAAAAGCCCUGGAAAAAAGUGCUUUACGAAGACCAAGGUGUUCCAGACAACUAUGUGGACAAGUCAUUUCUCGAAGAAAUGAAGAAAAAUUUAAAUACAAGAACUUAUCAGUUCUGGUCGGUGGUAUUGGAAUCAGGGGCAGUAUCUCAGCAAGUAAGCAGUGUUUGCAUAUUUGUGGCGGCAUUUGUGUACAUGGACUUUGGACUCCUGUCACCCUCUGUGCUGUUUGCUGUCUCCUCUAUGUUGACACUGCUUGGUUACGUACUGUUUGAUGCUUUGGAUGGAGGAAGAUUGAGAUCCGCAUCGAAAAGAACAAGAUUAGAUGACCUCAAGAGUAGUGUGGUAGUUCUUGGCUCUGUGUUUGCAUUGUCUCCAGUUUUGAAGACUUUGACUGAUUCCAUUAGUACAGAUACAAUUUAUGCCAUGACAACUUUCAUGCUCGCAAUGAACCUACUACUUUAUGAUUAUGGAACAAGUGCUGCAAUUGUUUCCAGGUCCGCCUCUCUGAACGCCUCCAUCUUCGCGUCUGUGUGUUUGGCGUCCCGUCUUCCUUCCUCCUGGCAUGUGUUCGCCACUGUUACUUUCGCCAUGCAGUUGUUUGCUCUCUUUCCGUCUCUGAGAAGACAGCUUAAGAUGCAGCUUCCCACAAGCCACGUCGUCGUUACUUGGUCUCUAGUAUUGGUUGCUAUAGCGAUGUUAUGGCCGCUGUCCCCACUGUUUGCAGUGUUGCUGGCUCUGGUGCACCUGGCGGUAACGUUUGUGUGUCCGUUUUGGCUGAUUAAGCUACAACGGUUGAAAAAUAAUAUUCAUGGUCCGUGGGAUGAAGCUGUGAUAAAAGAACACCAUGUUGGCAAAGUGAAGUAAACAAUUUUACUACAGGGUAUUCUGACAAGUUUCACGGACGUUUACACCACGUCAGUUCAUUUUCCGUUAAAUGAAAUUCAAAGGAACUGUGAUAAACGUCUGCGCAUGCCCAGACAUGCGUAUGCAGAGCUACGAUGACGUCUCGGACAUUCCAUGUGGCUGGCCUGGUUGCUAUCCAAGUGGUUGGUGACGUCAUCGUUCUCUCCGUUUUUGAAGGUCAUUACAAUACCAUUAUUUCCACACAAAAUCGUGAACAAUUUGAGCACUUCGUUACUGACAUCAAGCACAUUAGAAGCGUGGUGUUCUAAUAGAAACGGAGACAGAUGAUGACAGUGAUGGGAACUGCGGUAGCGCGGACAGUAUUUUAAUUUGCCCAAAACCAACUCGGUACCGAACAAGUGCUUGGUUUCUAAAGAAUCUGUUGUACUGCGUUGGCGGGCAUGCAAUAGGCGAUUUGCAUGAUGGCGUCAUGUGACUACAACUAGCAGAAUCCUUCACUCUUUCUGUUUGUUAUGCUAAUUGGAGCAAUUGUUCUUUAAAACCCACUGUAACUUUAAAUUUAAAUAGUAAAGAAAAGACGAAAGGAAUUCUGAUAGUUGAAGUCAAACGACGGCAACGUGCAAAUCUGCUUUUGAAGCACUUAGUUGAUAAUCAAAUUGAAGUCGUUAAAGUUAUAGUGACCGCCCAAGGAAAUUUGGGAAAAUCCAAAAAAGCUAAAACCUAACGUUAACUUUUCCCAAAUUCGCUGGGGCGGUUGAUUUACCUUUAUCAACUUCCAGUAGUUAAACAGCCAGGUAGCAGACACUUUGAGUUCGGGCGUAUUGUUUUUUAAAGUUUGUGUAACGAACGGAACAGUUCGAAGAUUCAGCCGAAGUUUUAUUAAAGUUCUCUUUGUCAUGA